GGUUAGAAACCAAAAAAACAACAACAGAAGUUGGAAUCAAAUUAAUUAUUAAAUGCAAUUUCUGAAACAAAAAGCUUCGUAUAGUUAACAAAAUUCUCCGACAGAUAUUUAAUAAAUAAAAAUGUCAACUCGCUGGUACCCCUUAUACCAGAGAGGAAAUCCUCAGUUGCGAGUGUUUUUGCCAAACUUUUGGAUGAAGUUGGUUCAACCUUGUGCUAAUCAGCAGCCAAACUUAGUUCAGUUUCAUUGUUCAAUGGAGAUGACAAAACACGACAUUAAAAACUACUUGGAGAAAAUUUAUAAUGUUCCUGUAAUAGAUGUUAAGACUAGAAUAGCACUGGGAAAAUUUCGAAAGGAUAUUGGCAAAGGCUAUGUUGUUAAGGAUGAUGAUAUAAAGUUUGCUUAUGUAACCUUGCCAAAAACAAUGAAGUUCGAAUUUCCCGAUAUUUUUGAGAAGAAAAAAGGAGACACUGAAGAUGAUAUGAAGUCAUUAGACGAGGCAAAAAAAUCAUUCAAAAGUUUUAUACAACGAAAUAAAGACAGACCCGAUAUUCCAAGCUGGUUUUCCAUCUGAUAUUUUAGUAGGUGCUUAGUUGAAUGUUAUAACAAAGUAAUUCUUUCUGUAGAUGUUUAUAAUAAAUAAUAUAAAAAUAGGUUUUACUGAAAAUGUCUUUUUUUAAUGAUAUUUUCCUGUCCAUUUUUCAAUAGUACAGAGUUUCUAUAGGCCUUUUUAUUUUGCUUAGUCUUCCAAGCAAUUCCAUUUUAAUUAGAAGUAUAAUAAGGAGUCUCUAUUCCACAAAGUUGAGGUAAGUGUACUCUACCUAUUUUUGAAAAUUGAAUAUUUUAUAAAUCAUUACUAAUUUUAGAUGAAUGAAAAACAGUUUUUAAUAUAAAUGUUGCAUUUAUUUAACACUAUUUAUGUCGUACUUAUUUAAGACUUGUCCUCAUUCCAACUCUUCAUUGAUACACUAUUAUUUACUUUUACUCACAACACUUCUUCUUUAAAGAACUAAAAGUUUUUCUCAUAAAAACUUUAGUGUUUAAGCCAUAGUGAUGUGAGUAAAUAA